AUGGCUAAAACAGUACGAAGAACGAAGAGAAAAGGAAAAGGGCCUCAGUACCCUGCACAUCAAUCGGGCCACUCCAUGACGGCGGAGUGCAACUCGAGCGACGAGAGGCUGCUAAGAAUCACAGGUUCCCGAAUGCCGUCAUGGAACAGGACUAAACUUGCCAUAUGCACCUACAACUUCAGGUCCAUGGCAGGGUGGCAAGAACUGAACCACCUAAUGGAGGAGAGGAAGAAGAUCAGGUGCGACGUGUUAGGGCUGUGCGAGACACUCUGGAAGAAGGAAGCGAGUAUACGAUGGCAAGAUGGAUGCACUGUGAGAUUAGGAAGAGCGGAAGGUGUUAGAUCGGUCGGAGGUAUCGGAUUCAUCGUAAGUAAGGAAUGGGCUUCGAGGGUCGCUUCAUGCCACUUCAUAUCAUCACGGAUUGGUGUACUAAAUGUGAACCGCUCAGGGAAGGCCACCCUCAAGAUUGUCCAGACCUAUGCUCCCACAAGUGCCAGCGACGACGACGAGGUGGAAGAAUUCUAUCGACAACUAGACAAAGGGCAGGCUAUGAAGUCCACUUACACUAUCGUGAUGGGAGACUUCAACGCAAAGGUUGGACAUGGACGACAAGGAGAGGAGUACGUCGGGAGAUUUGGCAUGGGAGAGAGAAACGAGAGAGGAGAACGUUUGGCUACCAUGGCAGAGGCGAGGCAGCUCUACAUCGGAAACAGCCUAUUCAGGAAGAGGGAGAGGAAGAGAUGGACUUGGAUAUCGCCGAACUCUAAGCACCGAAGCGAGAUCGACUACAUCCUGGUUGAUAAGCGACGCAUAUUGCAUGACGUCUCCGUCGUGACGCCAUUCAACACCGGCAGCGAUCAUCGUCUGGUAAGGGCGAGGGUCGUCAUCGACGGGAAGAGGGAGAAGAUGGCGUUAUAUUUGGCGUCGAAGGGAAAACGUGUCCGAGUCUACAACGAGGCAAAGCUGCAGGAAGCCAUCAUGCAGGAAGACUGGUGCCAAGGAGACGACAUAGACGAUGACUACAACUCACUGAUAGGGAAACUGAAGGAGUGUUUAAGGAAGGCUAAGGGUGUAUGCCCAAGAGAAAAGAAGGGAAGAAUCUCGGAAGAAACUACGAAGUUACUCGAGAAGAGGAAAAAUAUGAAGAGGAAUAUUGAAGAUCACCUUGAAUAUUCCAUUCUCAGCAGAGUGAUUCGUCAGCAACUAAAGAAAGACUUUGAGGCAUACCAGAUGGAGAAGCUCUUGAAGGCCGCAGAGGAAAAGAAGAGCCUCAAGAAAUUCAAGAGGGACAUGGUACUAUAUAGAUCGGAGGUGACGGCCCUGAAAAAUACAGAUGGAAUACUUGUAGUGAUAUUAUAA